AUGGAUUUGUUUAAUUUUGAUAAAGUCAAAACUGAGAAAACAGGCUCUAUACUAUGGUACAAUCACCUUCCAAGUUUAACAAAGCUGUUUCGAUUAAUUGAGUUUUGCCUUGCUAUGGUGUUUCUCUCAUGGAUUUUCAAUCGGCUUCCAUUUGCCAUCAGAAUUUCUGGCGAGUUCUUCAUGAGAAUCGCUGGAGUAAUCGCCAGUCCAAUCUUCGUUUUCUUGCUCUGCAAUGCUAUCAUUGCUACUCUCAUCGUCAAAUCUGGCAGAUUCUCCGGCGAGAAUCCCUCCACAGACAAUGCUGAGACUGAGCUUUACGAGGAGCUGUUAAAAAACAACGAAAAUGGUUGUUCCAAGUCAUUGUCAGAGAAUCCUUCCACUCCUUCGCAUCCUCCAUUUCACGCAACCAAGGAGAUUGAGUACCAGGACAAAGAGAUUAUCUCUCAAGUUAAUGUUAUCACUCAAACAGGCAAAAAUAACGAUGGUGCUGUUGAAAUGGACUUGUACUCAUUUUCUGAUUCAGACUCAGAGACGGAUUCUGACAAUCCGAGAGUUUAUCGGAGGUCGAAAUCGGAGAAGCUAGAGAAGAAGUGCUCUGAGAAGGCGAAAGAGAAGAAGCUGCAACGAUGGGAGACAGAGAAGCGCAUGAAUGCUGUGAAGUCCACCAGCGGCGAGGGUUUAUGUCCAGAGGAUGAAUUGAGUGGCGAGGAAUUUCAGCGCGCCGUAGACGAGUUCAUUGCCAAGCAUUUGAGGUUUCGUCGCCAAGAGUCUUUGGCUGUUGUUCCUCAAAACCAGAGCUCAAUCGCCGAAAUUGAGAAAAAAUGA